AUGGAGCAGAGGAGUGGGGAACGGAGCGGAGCUGUGGGGGACGGAGCGCGGCAGGCAGUGGGGAACGGAGCGGAGCUGUGGGGAACGGAGCGGGACAGUGGGGAACGCAGCGGGGGAGUGGGGGACGGAGCGCGGCAGUGGGGAACGGAGCGGGAAAGUGGGGAACGGAGCGGGGGAGUGGGGGACGGAGCGCGGCAGUGGGGAACGGAGCGGGAAAGUGGGGAACGGAGCGGGGGAGUGGGGGACGGAGCGCGGCAGUGGGGAACGGAGCGGGAAAGUGGGGAACGGAGCGGGGGAGUGGGGGACGGAGCGCGGCAGUGGGGAACGGAGCGGGACAGUGGGGAACGGAGCGGGGGAGUGGGGGACGGAGCGCGGCAGUGGGGAACGGAGCUGGGGAGUCGAGAACGCAGCAGGGGAGUGAGGAAGGGAGGGGGGACGGAGCAGGGCAGUGGGGGACGGAGCAGGGCAGUGGGGAACGGAGCGGAGCUGUGGGGAACGGAGCGGGACAGUGGGGAACGGAGCGGGACAGUGGGGAACGGAGCGGGGGAGUGGGGGACGGAGCGCGGCAGUGGGGAACGGAGCUGGGGAGUUGAGAACACAGCAGGGGACAGGGGAGUGAGGAAGGGAGAGGGGACGGAGCAGGGCAGUGGGGAACGGAGCGGAGCUGUGGGGAACGGAGCGGGACAGUGGGGAACGCAGCGGGGGAGUGGGGGACGGAGCGCGGCAGUGGGUAACGGAGCGGGAAAGUGGGGAACGGAGCGGGGGAGUGGGGGACGGAGCGCGGCAGUGGGGAACGGAGCGGGAAAGUGGGGAACGGAGCGGGGGAGUGGGGGACGGAGCGCGGCAGUGGGGAACGGAGCGGGAAAGUGGGGAACGGAGCGGGGGAGUGGGGGACGGAGCGCGGCAGUGGGGAACGGAGCGGGACAGUGGGGAACGGAGCGGGGGAGUGGGGGACGGAGCGCGGCAGUGGGGAACGGAGCUGGGGAGUUGAGAACGCAGCAGGGGAGUGAGGAAGGGAGGGGGGACGGAGCAGGGCAGUGGGGGACGGAGCAGGGCAGUGGGGAACGGAGCGGAGCUGUGGGGAACGGAGCGGGACAGUGGGGAACGGAGCGGGACAGUGGGGAACGGAGCGGGGGAGUGGGGGACGGAGCGCGGCAGUGGGGAACGGAGCUGGGGAGUUGA